AUGGCGUCCUCUUCACAGGACCUCAAGCCAGUCCUCACACAAGACGGUCACGAUGUCUUCAACAUCCCCGUCGAAGAGGAGGUGCUCGAGGUCUCGGCAUCCUUGGGGCAGAGCAAAGUGUGGGCAAUGAAGGUGCCCAGGUUCCUGCUCGAGCGUUGGGAGAGAGUGCGCCAGGGCGGCGUCCAUCUCGGCACUCUGCUAGUGGACAAUUCUGUCAACCCACCCAAAAUCACUCUCAAGCUCCCCGUCCAGGCCGACGAAAAGCCCGCGGGUGGUGCGACGGCAGCUGAUCGCGCGGCCAAGCGCUCCAAGCUCGACGUGAACGGUAUUCCGGACGAGUACGAGGUCGUCAUGCCCUCCCACCAUGUCAAGAACACGUUCGUGUUUACCGAGCAGUCGCGUACCUGGGUGUCCCAGCCAGGCAGUGGCGAGAGCAGCUCCAUGAAGCGCAAGCGCGAGAAGGCACACCCUCGUCUUCUCAGUUCGCUCGACCACGAGGGCAGUAUCCGCCCCGUCAACUCAUCCAAGUAUCUCAAGAUUCUCCAGCAGCGCCGUCUCGAGAGCGAGCAGUCGAAGCGCCCCAUUGUGCAACUCGAUGACUCGAAAAUGUCCCAGGCCAAGCUCAACCAGCUCGCGUCCGGUUUCUCCAACGCGUCCAGUACCCUCGGCAAGGGCAUGGUCGCUGGCUCAUCGCGUCUCCCCACGGGCGAGCGUUUCGCGCGCCUGGAGCGCGGCGAGCUUACCGACCGUCUCUUCUCGCUGUUCUCCGACAAGCCCUACUGGUCCAUCACGGCACUCAAGGCGACGCUGCAGCAGCCCGACGCCUGGCUCCGCGAGGUGCUCAAGGACGUUGCGGUUCUCAUCAAGGAGGGCCAGUACGCAAACAUGUGGGAGCUCAAGGAUACGUGGAAGGAGUCUGGUGGAGACAGCAAGCCCGACAUUGGCAAGGACGAGGAGGAGAGCAGCGAAGAAGAGGAAGAUGAGGAUGACCUCGAGCUGGUCGAGGUGUAG